AUGAACAGAAACACUUCACGUCCUCUUUCCAUUCUCCCUCUUCUUUUCUUAUUUAAUCUCCGUUUAAUAUCAGCCCUUCAUCUCAACGCAAUGCUAUCCGUCGAUUUCAUCCCUAGCGCCGGGCUCUCAACCGCUAACCAAUGGCUCAGAAUCCAUCCGCUCCAGCUGCAACUGCGCUACCUACUCCGACCUCUGCUACGCCUCCUUGGAACCCUACUCCAGAUCCGUCAAUUGGACAUAGCAAAGCUGUCGAUAGCCGCCAUCGGCGUCAGCUUGGAGAAGGUGAAAACGAUGGCGUCCUACUUGGCCAACCUCAGCCGCCAUGCUGACUACAAGUACGACCCCAGAAUGUCACAGUCUCUCCACCUCUGUCUCGAUUUAGUUGAUGGCGUUGGUGGCGCUGUAGACAAGAUCCAGAAGUCUCUAAAACAGAUGCGCGACCUGGGCGCGGCGGGGAGCUCCGAGGAAAGGCCCCGGUCCCUGUUGUUUAAUGUGCAGACGUGGAUUACCGGUGGGCCCUUUGAUCAUCUGCUUGUGCUGACAGCUUUGAUGAUGUGGCAGACGGGCCGCUGA